AUGAAUGCAGUGUGCGUUCAUGUGUAUGUUCAAUGUCCUUGCAUUUUAGGGUACGGCAUUUCUCCAUGGGUGUUGCCUGUUCUUCAACAAGAUCGCUCAAUUCAUUACUCGGUGCUGCCUCACGGACGCAGUGGACGUUCUUCGGUCAGUGGUAUUGCUGCCACAGUCUUUGGGGCCACAGGAUUUCUGGGCCGAUACGUUGUCAAUCACCUGGGCCGGGUUGGUUCCCAAGUCGUCAUCCCGUAUCGCUGUGAUGAGUACGACCUCCUGUAUCUUCGGCCCAUGGGUGACCUGGGGCAGAUUAUCUUUAUGGAGUGGGAUUCACGCAACAAAGAUUCUAUCCAAAGAGCUCUUGAACAUAGCAAUGUAGUCAUCAAUCUUAUUGGGAGAGAAUGGGAAACCAGAAACUUCACGUAUGAAGAUGUGUUUGUUACUAUUCCUAGAGAUAUUGCUCAGCUCUCAAAAAAAGCUGGAGUGGAAAAAUUGAUUCACUUUUCUCACUUAAACUCAGACAGUAAAAGUCCUUCAAAAUACCUUAGGAAUAAAGCAGAAGGAGAAAAAAUUGUGAGGGAGGAAUUUCCAGAUGCCAUCAUUAUGAAGCCUUCUGAAAUAUAUGGGAGAGAAGAUGGGUUUUUAAACUAUUAUGCAAAUAUGCGACGGUCUGGCGGAGUGCCUAUGCUUGCCUUUGGCAAGAAAACUGUGAAGCAGCCUGUCUAUGUGGUUGAUGUAGCCCAUGCGAUAAUUAAUGCUAUCAAGGACCCUGAUUCGAAAGGAAAAACAUAUGCACUGACAGGCCCUAACAGAUACGUCUUGUAUGACUUGGUCAAGUACAUUUAUAUGGUCAUGCACAGACCUUUCUACCCGUAUUCAUUGCCUCGUCCCAUCUUCCAUUUCAUUGCAAGAUUUUUUGAGAUAAAUCCAUUUGAGCCGCCGAUUACAAGAGACAAAAUUGAUCGGCUCCACACCACUGAUAAAAAGUUUCCCGAUCUUCCUGGGUUGGAGGACUUGGGUAUUUCCCCAACUCCUCUGGAACUGAAGGCAAUUGAAGUUCUGCGUCGCCAUCGCCAGUCCUUCUGGGUGAAUACGGAACUCGAGGAGGCAAAACCAGCCAGUCCGGUCACCGAUAUGUAACGAUGGAUUUCUAAGACUUUCAGACUGAAGUUACUUUGGCCUCAUUUGUCUGAAGAAUUCUGUACAAAGCACGUUAAAUUCUUAGAUAAAUCACAUCCAUCUCAUUUUCCUA